CGCCUCGCGCGCCGCCGCUCGGGCGUCCGCCAGAGCCACCCGCUGCAGCUCUCCGAGUCCGAGCACGCGGCCAGCUCCAACGCCUCCCACGUGGAGUACUCCUCGAACUGGGCCGGCGCCGUGUACGACUCGUACCCCUCGGGCUCUUUCACGUCCGUGACGGGCACGUUCACCGUGCCCACCCCGAGCGCGCCCUCGGGUGGCCGUGGCUCCUACUCUGCCUCCGCCUGGGUCGGCAUCGACGGCGACACCUGCAGCACCGCUAUCCUCCAGACCGGCGUCGACUUCACCAUCGACGGCGGCGACGUCUCGUACGAUGGUGCCUGGUACGAGUGGUACCCGGACUACGCGUACGACUUCUCGGGGAUCAGCUUCAGCGCGGGCGACACCGUGAAGCUGACGGUGACCGCGUCGUCGACGACGUCGGGCACGGCGGUGAUCGAGAACACGAGCACGGGCCAGACGGUCACGCAGGACAUCACGUCGUCGUCCGCGCUCUGCGAGGAGAACGCGGAGUGGAUCGUCGAGGACUACGAGGAGGGCGGCUCGCUCGUGCCCCUCGCCGACUUCGGCACGGUUACCUUCACCGGCGCGUCCGCGGAGACGACCUCCGGCGCCGUCGGCCCCAGCGGCGCGACCCUGAUCGAUAUCGAGCAGAACAACGACGUCCUCACCUCCGCGUCGACUUCCUCGGACUCGGUCACCGUCAAGUACGUCUAG